AUGUCUAGCUCUUUUGCUUCUGGUACACGUUCGCAUUCUCUCAAUUCUCAAAACCAAGCUGCUUUACCUUCCUCGGGCGGUGCUUCCUCGCAAUCAAGCUUGUCGAAUUUGAACAAGCAGUCAAAUAUGCUUCCCUCAAAACCCAAACUUCCUAGUUAUCUGGCUGACACGAGUUUCGCGGAGCUAUAUAAUUCUGUUAGCGCAGAAGCCUUUGUUUUAAAUGGCGCAAACAACGAUAAGGAUCCGGGUGAACUUGUGGCUUUACCUACAGCAUGGAGUGCUGAUGAUAAAUGUACCUUCCUGGAACUAUCUGCAGAUAAACUAAGUGUAAGCUAUGCAGGCACCGGAAAAACAGAUACGGAUGCAGCUGCCAUUAGAGCUAAUUAUCCAAUACCACCUCAAUGUGGAGUGUUCUAUUUCGAAGUUGAUAUCAUAAAUAAGGGAAGAGAAGGGUUCAUUGGAAUUGGAUUCUGCGGUAAAAAUGUGCAAUUAAUGCGAUUGCCAGGUUGGGAACUACAAUCGUGGGGCUACCAUGGUGAUGAUGGUAAUUCCUUUUGUUGUUCGGGUACAGGCAAAACCUAUGGCCCAAAAUUCACAACUGGAGACACUAUCGGAUGUUGUAUCAACUUUCGUGAUGGCACUGCAUUUUAUACAAAGAAUGGUGUGAAUCUGGGGAUUGCAUUCAGAGAUUUGAAAGGUAUUCUAUACCCAUCGAUAGGGUUGCGAACUCCCGGCGAAAAAAUACAAGUGAAUUUCGGUCAACGGGAUUUCGAUUUUCCAAUCGAACUUUAUAUGAAGGAAGAAAAAGCUCGGCUAUGGAAUCUUAUCAAUGCUAGGCCAAUACCUCCCUUAUCAAAUCCCCCGCUUGGUACUGCAGCAGCAGUAAACACUAACAACAAUACUAACAUCAACCUCGCCUUCUCUACCACGCCAACCCCUGUAUCACAUGCUACAUCAGAAGCAAAUUUAACCGCAACAAUACAUCAGCUUAUUAUGUCGUAUCUUGUACAUCAUGGGUUCAGUGAAACGGCUAAAGCUUUCUCUAAGGAUGCUGUGCAGCUCGCGACAAAUGAUUCCACUGCUAAGGAAACAAUGGAAAUUGAAGAUACUUUUUCUGAAAUAGAUAUGGACAUGUUAAAUCGACAGAAAAUUCGUCAUGCUGUCCUCAAGGGUGAUAUUGAUCAUGCUAUCAGAUUAACAGACAUAGUAUAUCCUACAGUUUUACCCUCAAAUCGUGAUAUAUUUUUCAAAUUACGUUGUCGCAAAUUCGUAGAAAUGAUUGCCAAUUGCUCUGGUUAUCGUCAAUCACCAACCAAGGAAAUUGAAGUAAACAAAAUUGUCAGGGCUGAUACAAUUGACACAAUGGUAGAUGAUGACGAUGUCGAAGAUAAUGAAGAGUUGGAGGCCGAAAUAGAAAUAGUAUUUCGCGAAGAUGAGGAAAAGGGCGAGAUACAAAAAUAUGAAGAUGCUAUGGAUGUGGAUGAAUUUGAUGCUUCAGAGAGUGAUGUAGAAGGAUCGAUGGAAGAUAGCUCAAAGUACGAAGAAGCGAUGAGAUUUGGACAGGAAUUGGAGGAUGAUUACCGAAAUGAUAUUCGUGAAGAAAUACAAUCAACCUUAAGGGAAACCUUUUCACUGUUAGCCUAUUCAGAUCCUACCACAAGUGUAAUGUCUUAUCUCUUAGAUCCUGCUCACCGGGAACCAGUUGCGAAUUCCUUAAAUAGUGCCAUAUUAGUAUCAGAGGGAAAACCACCAAUUCCACCUUUGGAAAUAAUUUACCGCCAAGCUUCAGUCACUAUUAGAGAAUCACUAAAAAAUGGAAUAGGUGCAGCCUCUCUUGUGAAUGUGCAAAAGGAUUGUCUUCUUUAA